CGCGCGCGAUACCCACACACAAAGAAAGAGAGAGAGAGAGAGAGAGGGAGAGGGACAGAGUAAUCUCACUUUUCCUUCGCUCGAUCCUCCGUCAGCCUCUCCAAAGCCUUUGCUCUCGCCCUCCUGAAGGUGUGGCGUAUAUGAUACGGUAUCUCUCGAGCAGCGUUGCCGCGUCUCCCCUCUCUCUCUCUCUUUCUUUCUCCUUCCCUCCCUCCCUUCCUUCUACCUCCUUUCGCCGCGACGUACGGUGAAUGACAGCGAACAGGCAUAAGCGAGCGAACAAGAAGGAGUGAGAGCUAGAGCGCGUCGCUAGGCUCUGAGGGUGAGAGAGGGGAAGAGAGAGAGAGCGCGAACGCGGCCGAUCGUUUCGCAGUGCGGCUGGCGAGAGGAAAGGAGGGAGGGAAGGGAAGGGCGCCUCCCGACCGCGCGUGGGUGUGCGUGCCUGUGGGAUAGAUACACCGCUGCCGCCGUAGUCGACUGACAGCGCGCGGUAGGACGUGGGAGAGAGAGAGAGAGAGAGAGAGAGAGAGAGUGAGUGAGUGAGUGAGUGAGUGAGUGAGUGAGUGAGUGAGUGAGUAAGCGAGAGAGAAAGAAAGAAGCACACGCAGGAACCCGCGCGACGGACACGGUGGCGCGUCGCGCGUCUGGUUCGGCCGCCUGUUCCUUUCCUUUCGCUUUUGCGCGAGCGUGCGUGUGCUAAGCGCGAACGCGAGUGCUGAGUGAUCCUGAGCGCGAGUGGCAGUGCGGCCGCGAGUGCGAGCGUGUGUCCGACGGAGAGAAGCGCGUGACGCGAUAGCGUCUCGACGAGACAAAUGAUAGCGGACAGGACGUGGGGAUCGAUGUGACCGUGCCUGCUCGCCUGCCUUCCUCUGCCUGUGCCCGCUUGCCAUGGCUGAGGAGGAGCUGCUGGUCACCCUGAACCGCGGCGACACCGGCGGCGGCGCCGGGUUCGGCUUCUCGCUUCUCGGUAGCAACGCGGCCGGCGGUCUGCGCGGCCACCACGUCAUCUAUGACAUCGUCGAGAACUCGCCGGCGGCCCGGAGCGGCAAGGUCGAGGCCGGCGACGUAAUACUCAGGGUGAACGAAGUCGACGUCAACCGAUUCAGUACGAAGGAAGUGCUAAAAUGCCUGCGGCUCUCUUCAGAUCCUGUCACCCUGAAGCUGCGAAGAGAUCCAGCAGUGAAGGCGCAUGUUCGUCGCCUAUUGUCGCCCGGACAACCAACCAAUGAGGAGGAGUCCACUACGGAGUCUUCCAAGGAGAAUCCUCCUUCGCUGAAUAAGGAGGAUAAGGAGCUGGCGGAGGUGUCCUCCACAGGUUCGCCGACGCCGGUGACGAUGACGGCGGCGACGAGGAGCAACGGCUCAUGCAGCGAUGCCUCCGUCUCGUCGGAACUAGAGGCGCUCCUGCCGGCCGCCGUGGACCACUUCAAAGAGGAAGAGAGAUCUCAAUGGGAGCCUCUCGGCACGACUGGCGAGAAAUUCGUUCGGCAGAAGAACACACCUAGGUUCGAAGCGUACAUGAUGACCGGUGACCUGAUGCUCAACCUCUCUCGCACUCAGCAGAGCAGCAAUCUGCUACCGAAGCAGCAGCAACAACUGCAACAGCAGCAUCAGAAGAAAAUCGACUCCCUUAGGUACAAUCCCAACCACCACUCUUACACCGUCACCACCACAACCACCCACCACAACCACCACCAUCAUCAUCAUCAUCACCACCAGCACCACAAUUCGGUGCCCAGCAGCCCCAACGACAACACGUUGGCGCACCAUCAUCAUCACCAACAUCACCACUAUCACCAACGCGCUACUUACAAGUCCUCUAGCUCGGCUAGCACGUCGCCCGUGGGCACUGGUAGACGCGACGGGGUGCAGGGUACCCCAGGCUCACAUCAGAUCGACUCCAGCAACAAGAAUACCCCUUCGAGCUUCGGUUUCGUCCGAACCUCGCGGUCGGAGGAUCACUUGCAGUUCCAAAAAGACCCCUCCAUGAGCGCCGUGGAUAUCGACAUCGACGACGACGUCACCAGCAGCCUAAAUACCUUGCUGGACCCGCGGCCGGAGAUCGGUCUCAUGCCUAACGAGAGGAUCGUCUGGACGUAUAACGCGCCCGUCAGCUCGCCCGCCGCUUCCUGCUGCCAAAAUGGCGGCUCUUCCUCCUCUUCUUCUUCCUCCUCUUCAUCCUCUUCAUCAACCAGUCCUCAGCGUUCGCUGUCCCCUGCCUCCCCUACCUCCGUCUCGUCCUCCGUCAUGUCCUCCAACUCUGGCUCGCGCAGGUUCCCGCCGGCACAGACGGUUCCUGGAGUCUCCGGGGUUUCUGGCACCCCGGGCGGGCUUCUCCCAGCGAACGGCGACCUCAGCCAGUCGGAGGCUAUCAGCAACAUGUCAAGUCCGGACUAUAACGAUGAGGAGACCAUGGAUAUCCUCAGCGCGAGGGAUAUCAUGAUGGUGAGCGACCCCAGCGACAGCGACUCCACCAUUUUGGCGAGCGAACCACCCCAAAGGAGGCUGAAGACCAACAACCCCCAGGACAGUGGUGGCGGUGACCACAGAAUCGUGAUACAGGUAAAGGGCCCUGAUAAGGAUGCCGCUGCGCCGAGAAACACAAGUCCCAGACAGGCGAGAAGACGCGGCAAUCCUGGAAACGCGGAACUGACGCCUCCUCCUGUCGCUGCACAGAAUCUGCAGCGAACACAAACAGCGACGGCGCCGGGGGUCACGACGGGGUCGAUGGCACCAGAACACGUGGGUUACCAGGAGCUGAAGGAGUGCGAGGACGAUAAAGAAGCUUCGACGGGCUUGUGCGACGAGCAGAAAGGACACGGCGGAGUGUCGCCGCCGCAAUCGGCCGACGAGGAAAGCGACAUCGAAAGCCUGCACAGCUUCCACUACAGUCCGAAGGCGGUGGACCUACCGUCAGCCGUACGGCUAGCCAAGCGUCUCUACUCCCUGGAUGGUUUCAAAAAGUCCGAUGUCUCCAGGCAUCUAAGCAAAAACAACGACUUCAGCAGAGCCGUAGCUGAGGAAUACCUGCGUUAUUUUAACUUCGAGUGCGACACACUGGAUGUGGCUCUCCGGAAAUUUCUCGCUCAGUUUUCGCUCACGGGAGAGACCCAGGAGAGAGAGCGCGUCUUAGUACAUUUCUCCAAGAGGUUUUUAGACUGCAACCCCGGCACCUUUAAUUCUCAGGAUGCCGUUCACACUUUGACGUGCGCGAUAAUGUUGCUCAACACGGAUCUGCACGGUCAGAACAUCGGCAGGAAGAUGUCGUGCUCGGAGUUCGUGGAGAACCUGUCGGAGCUUAACGACGGCGACAAUUUCCCGCGGGAGGUGCUCAAACAACUUUAUAACGCUAUCAAGUCUUUUCCUCUCGAAUGGGCCCUGGACGAAGAAGGAGAUGAAACGACGUCUCAGGUGAUCCAGCAAGGCGACGGGCCGGCGAUCGCUGGCACCGGAAAUCCAUUUCUCGACGUGCCAAAUGUCACGGGUGCCACGGAGUUCAAAAAGGGUUACGUCAUGCGAAAAUGCUGCUACGAUUCCAACGGCAAAAAGACUCCGUUUGGCAAACGCGGAUGGAAAAUGUAUUACUGCACGCUUCGGGAGCUGGUGCUGUAUCUGCACAAGGAUGAGCACGGUUUCCGCAACGAUAGUUUGCACAACGCGAUACGCAUCCAUCACGCGCUUGCCACCAAGGCGUCCGACUACACGAAGAAACAGCACGUCUUCCGUCUGCAAACCGCUGAUCAGGCCGAGUACCUCUUCCAGACCAGUGACUCGAAGGAGUUACAAUCGUGGAUCGACACUAUCAACUUCGUGUGCGCGAGCUUCUCGUGUCAGCCUUUAGCCGGUGCUGUGGGCUCGCAGCGCAAGUUUCAACGGCCGUUGCUGCCUUGCAGCCAUACUAAACUGGAUUCCAGAGAGCAGUUGCGGGACCACGAGGACAGGGUCAACAGGUUGGAGGCGGAGUUGGAUGAGCACAGGAGGCACCCACCGGAGAGGAGUGCCAAAGCCCUAACUGUACAGAAUUAUAAGGAAAAGGACGCGUAUCUUCAUCACGAGUUGAAACGAUACAAGACGUAUGCAUACCUUCUGCGUUCUCGGCUGGCGUUCAGUGAGGUGGAAUCUUCCUCGCUGGUGGAGAGCAGCAUUGGUGAGGUAGACGAGACUGGCGGUUUAGGUGGGCCUCUAGUAAACAUCACGGCGACUGAAAUGGGAGGUGGCGGUGGCGGCAUUGGCAGCAUUGGCAGCAUUGGCGGCAUUGGCGGCAGCCUGGUGCCACCGCCGGUUCCUGAGCGACUCAACGCCAAUAGGAUUGAACCAGCGAUGACAUAGACAGGAUCCAUCAGGAUCGGUGUUCAACUACCAGGAUCGCGAUUUCAAUUUCUAUAUAUCACAAGAAACUUUUUUAUAUUCUAGAUUGAUUAAAAACUGCGCUCUUCGAAAUCGGUCGACGGUCAAAUGAAUUUUACAAAUACCCUGUACUAAAACAAGUAAUAAUACAUUUUUCAAUAUGAUUCAAGCGAGAACGGAAUGCUAUGAAGAGGCCAAAGAGUUGCAUUUUUAUAAACAUUUAUUUGAACGUCGUCUCUUUUAUCUGCGUUCAUGACUGCAUGUUCAAUUACGAUUUUUCUCGGUUCAUUAUUCAUUGACAUUUGUGCACAUUUCUAUUUCACCUUGCGAAAAUUAUCCUGAAAUAGGAUAAUUAAUUCCUUUGAUUAAUACGAACAAUUAUAAAAUGAAUUGAUUGGAAUAUGAAUUAAUUCAGAGAUUAAGCGAUCUAUUUUUGUACAGCUCGACUUGCAAAAUAUCCGGGUUGCAAAACAGCUUUUGUAAAUAUAUGUAUUUUUUGUUACUAUAAUUAUAUAGUAUUAUUAUUAUUUCACAUCGUUGGAAUAUCGUUAAGGUAGGAUAAUUAGUUCUGUCAAUUAAUUCGAAUAAUAAUAAGGUGGAUCGACAAAAAUGCUGAACGAUCUUUUUGUACAGCUCGUCUCGCGCGAAGUGCCGAAUUACAAAUAUAUUUUUGUAAAUAUAUAUUUUUUAUUACCAUUA